AGUUGAAAGUUAUUGCCCAAGCGGCGCUUUAUUUAUCCCCUUGCUGGACCUGGAGAGAAGUCAACAGGGAAGGGAGUGCCUGCCUUCCAAGGGAGCAUCCAGCCCACUCGAGCUUUGAUUCCCUCCUCCCUUUGCCUUGCCUCGGAUCAGCGCAACGUGGAGAGCAGGGUUGCCUGGUAGCCCACGCGAUCGCUUUAGGUUUGCCUAGAAGUGUUGGAAAGAGGAUGUAGCAAGUUCAAGGAUGGGGCUUUCGGCAGAGAGGAGCUCACAAUGGCCCGCGAAGACUCGGUGAAGUGCUUGCGCUGCUUGCUCUAUGCCCUCAAUCUGCUCUUCUGGUUGAUGUCCAUCACUGUGUUAGGUGUUUCUGCCUGGAUGAGGGACUACUUGAAUAAUGUUCUCACUUUAACUGCAGAAACAAGGGUGGAGGAAGCAGUUAUUUCCACUUAUUUUCCAGUUGUCCACCCAGUCAUGAUUGCAGUCUGCUGUUUCCUUAUCAUUGUUGGAAUGCUGGGUUAUUGUGGAACAGUGAAAAGAAACCUCUUACUGCUUGUAUGGUAUUUUGGGAGCUUGCUUGUGAUAUUCUGCGUAGAGUUGGCCUGUGGUGUUUGGACCUAUGAGCAGGAAGUUACGGUUCCUGUGCAGUGGUCAGAUAUGAUCACUUUAAAAGCCAGAAUGACCAAUUACGGUUUGCCUAGGUAUCAAUGGCUUUCACAUGCCUGGAAUUUCUUCCAGCGAGAGUUUAAGUGCUGUGGAGUGGUGUACUUCACGGACUGGUUGGAAAUGACAGAGUUGGAUUGGCCUCCUGAUUCCUGUUGUGUCAGAGAAUUUCCAGGAUGCUCCAAACAGGCCCACCAUGAGGACCUGAGUGACCUUUACCAGGAGGGCUGUGGCAAAAAGAUGUACACCUUCCUGAGAGGAACUAAGCAACUGCAGGUGCUCCGAUUCCUUGGGAUCUCCAUCGGGGUGACUCAGAUUUUGGCCAUGAUCCUCACUAUUACUUUGCUGUGGGCGCUGUAUUAUGACCGACGAGACCCAGGUACAGACCAAAUGCUGUCCUUGAAGAACGACCCCGCGCAGCAUCUGUCGUGUCAUUCAGUGGAGCUGCUAAAGCCCAGCUUAACAAGGAUCUUCGAGCACACUGCCAUGGCCAACAGCUUUAACACACACUUUGAAAUGGAAGAACUGUAGAGUGACUAGCCAUCCUGAGAACUGGGUGUUGAGUCAUUGUUCAGGUCUCUGAGUCUAUCAUUCGACGUCAGCUGUAUUAGGAAGUAAAUGGAUAAUGGAUGAAGACUUAAGGAGGAACAGUGAAGUUUGAAGAUAUAAGGAAGGACACAUUUCCCCUUUAAAAUGUCAUGAUUUUUACGAUUCUAAAGUAUAGAUUUAAUAUUAAGAAUAUAUUGUUUCGCACUCUGGGAGCAAAUAAGCUCUCCAUGAGACUAUAUAAAUUAUGUAGAAUGCUGAUCAUCGCAGAACAGGGUUCACAAUCUUUUAACAUAAGACAUUUUCAUUAAACCCACCCACAUAGGAUGUGGUUUUUGUGCUGUCCAAUUCUAUUUGAACUUUUGAUGUUAUAACCAUUCUAGGAUGGGUAAAUUGUUCAGCACUGAAAUGAUUCAGUGUCUGUCAGUUAUGUGCAAUUUAAGCAAUUUAAGUGACAUGUAUAUCUUUUGGGAGAAAUGGUAGCUGGAAAGCCAUCGCUGUUGAAGGAGUUGCACUCUGGUAUUGUUCUGCAGUUCGUAAUUGCUGUUCGGAAAAUUUCCACCUCAAAACGUUCCAAAAGCCAUAAGGUGAGAAAACGGGGAUAUCUUACCGAAAGAAAACCAAUAAUUGCCUUCUUUUCUCUGACCUAUUGGGAGAAAAUUUCAUUUUCAGGUUAAUCAUCACAACCACAAAGGCUAGAACUUUGGGAUUCUCAGGAUUUGGGGGGAAAAGCACAUUACAAUUUGUAAUGUAUGCAUGGCACAGCAGUCAUAGAUAGAGUGAGGAAAAGAUUCACCAGCAAGGGUUACCACUACUGGCAUUGUGCACAACGAAUUGUAGGCAUGCACAGUUCAGCGGAAAUCUGUGCAUUUCACUUUGCCCACCUGUACAGUUGAAUGCAAACCGAUCCACUGAAAAACAGUUUUGUCCGUGUACUGCAACAUCGAGGGCAUAGGUAGGGAUUUAUAUUCUUCUUGUGAAUACGCACAAAGUCCACAGGUUGGGGCCAAACUGAUUUCUGGUUUGGAGCAACGGAGGACAAUAUUUAGCUGUGUGAAAGCAUAUUUCAGCCUCUGUGGAAAUUGCCUCUAGAAGAUCAGGGAUAUUUCUGUAUAUAAUAAAAGAGUGUGUAUGUAUAGUAGAGUUGAAAGUUUGGCUUUUGAAACAUUUAAUUUUUCUAAAAGUGUCAUCUUUUUGUUUAGCAGCACUUUUAUUUAGCUGUUUUUAUGGAAGUACCAUAAAGUGUCUGUUUUUUUCUUCCCUAAAUGACUUUUGAAUAUACAGAUUAAUUUAUGUCGGCGAAAUGAUUUUUUAAACUAAUAAAUGAACGUCCUUGUUACCGCUGAAAUAUGAUCCGCUUUUAGGAGGAAAAUUAAGCGGCUCAUGUUUUGUAGAACUGGAUUUAUUGAAGAAAGAUUUGAAAUUAUUUUUAAGCAAGGGAUAUAGUUAAUCCUUACCCUGCUCAUUUUUCAAAACUAAUUUUGAGCAUGAAGCAGCUGAAAUUAAGUCCCCCCUUCAAUCCAAUGAGACUUAGAAUCUGCCUGGAAUGUGGUCUCAGCCUUUUGAUUUUCUUCCUGUAGCAGCUGAGUUUUGACCUGACAUUUGUUGAAUUUUGGAGGCAUUUUGUGAAUUCUUACUUAGGAUGCACUGAUUUAUGAGAAAGGCCAAAGCGUGAUAAACAGCCUUUUGAUAUUUCCAGUUCAGCUCAGUGACCUAGUUCAUAAAAUCCAUGUUUUUUUAAAAGUUGGGAGCAUGCAAUGAUGCACACACUCUCUUUUCUAUUCUUCCUGCCUUUUCUCCAGUGAUAUAGUUAUCAGCCAUUGACUUCCAGAUGCUUUGGACUUCAGCUGUCAAUAUGCCGUGCAACUGGUCUUGCAGGUUUCAGCAAGUUGAAAUCCAUAGAAGUCUGCAGUAGUGUUUCUCAAACUGGGAGUCGGGACCUCUGGGAGGGUUGCAAGGCUGUUUCAGAGAGGUCGCCAAAGAUCAUCAGAAAACACAUAUUUCUGAUGGUCUUAGGUACCGCUUUGGCAGAGAAGGCUGAAGAUCUCUCCACUUGUCCUUCUCUUCCUUUUUGGAAACAGACGGCAAAUCCUUUCAUCAAAAGCCCUCCUCACUGUGAUUGGCCGACCUCUCAGCCAAGGGGAGGGCUGUUUAUGAGACUCCAAGCAGGGAGGGGAGAGCAGGCGUGCCUGGCGCAUGGCAGCAUGGAGCGCAUAUGCAGGCGAGGGAGAGUGUGUGCAGCUGGAUGGAAGCUUGUGCCAGUGAGUCCCUUCAAGGCAUGAGGCUUCUGUGUGGCCUGGUUCUAUCAUUGGUGGGGUUCAGAAUGCUCUUUGUAGGUGAAUGAUAUAUCCCAGCAACUACAACUCCCAAAUGACAAAAUCAAUCACCCCCAGUAUUCAAAUUUGGGCGUAUUGGGUAUUUGUGCCAAUUUUGGUCCAGUGAAUGAAAAUACAUCCUGCAUAUUGAAUAUUUACAUUAUAAUUCAUAACAGUAGCAAAAUUACAGUUAUGAAGUAGCAACAAAAAUAAUUUUAUAGUUGGGCGUCAUCACAACAUGAGGAACUGUAUUAAGGAGUUGUGGCAUUUAGAAGGUUGAGAAACACUGGUCUGGACUGUCAGUGGCCCAGGAUCACCACACCAAAGUCUGCUUUCAUUUUGUGGGUAAGAUAGGAAAUUGAGAUGGGGAUAACAUAAUGUUUUCAAAAAAAAAAAGAACUGGGAAUAGCUAGGGAGGAUCAAAAGAAUUACUCCUUUUCCUAAGUUGUUAACUCACUGCUUCUAGUUUCUUAACUCUUCAUUUUCCAUGAAAUAUCAAACUGCUUUAAAUGCUGCUUUCAAAUUUGAAUUAUGAACCGCAGUUUGAUGAUGGUUUGCAAACUGGGAAUGGAAGCCACCAAUAAAUCAUGUUUCUCAUUUUGGACAGCACAGCAAACUUAUUAUGCCAUGACAUCUUUUGUGACACAGAUAUGCAAAACGCAAAGAAAGAAAGAGAGAGCACUUGAACUCAUUUCAGUUCUUAAAUUUGCAGUGGGCCAAUUAUUCCCUCAUUAAAGAGCAUUGAUUAGCUGUUUUUAUUCAUUCGCUUACAGAAAACAUUGUGUCAGACUGGAAUUAAAAAGAGCAUUCACUUGUUUCUAUUUUUCUAAAGAUAGUGGGUGACUUUUACCCCAGGGCAAAAAUAUAAAAAAUAUAUUUAUUAAAUUGUGAAAAGUGCAUUUUACUGUAUUUUGUAUGUACUACAGAAUUAUUUUUUUCCAGCUUGUGUUGCAUGUUAUAGUAAUUAGUUCAAAUGAUGGAGGAUUCUGUGGUAGCCAGUUCAAAGCUUACUGCAUGAUGUGUGCCCUCAUGGAGAGGUGGACAUCGAUAGCCAAACAGUCCGCAACCCAAAUUUAAAGCUCCUCCUUUGCUGCUCAGAGGUUUGGAGGAGGAGACAGUGUGUUCAGCAUUUUGAAAAGUUACUGUAAUGGAUUAUUAAAUCAUUAAAUGGCUGCUUAUUAUGCUGCUUAGGAGAUUCUUGGUAGUCCAAAAGGCGUAAAUUUUCCAGUGUGCAUUUCUCUUUGGCUGAUAUGCACUAAAAAUUUUCUGAAACCAAUGGUUGGAAACUAUAAAUUAAAGCAUCUUCAUAUUUAGUGACUUUGUGUGGCUUUAGGUCAUUUGAAUCCACCACAAUGGCACAAUCCACUGAACUCAUGAUGCUCUUCUAGGUCUGGUCAGAAAGUAUUCCUCAUGGGAGGGCACACAUCAGGGCAAUCAUAACCCAGAAUGAGAAGUGUUUUAUAUUCUUGUGAUUUUAACAUUGUUACAGCAUGCACCUAAAUUGAUAAGGGAUGGGAAAAGAAGAGUGUAAUGAGGCAAACAAUAAAAUCACUGCUGCUUUA